AUGCACUUGCAUAUCGCUGCACUUUAUGGCAUAAGUCCGGCAGUGCUGCUCCUAAAAUUUGGAGAGAAUGUCUUUAUAACAUUUUUUUAUACUGAACGCGGUUUUAUUUUGUUUCUUCAAAAGCUCAAGUCUCAUCUCCGUGAUAUAUGGAGCGAAGAAUUCACGGAUCCGUUCCUGCUGCGUUGGCUAAGGGCUCGGGACUUCGACGUAAACAAGUCGGAGAAACUGCUGAGAGAUAACAAUAUUUGGCGGCAACGGGAAAAGAUCGACUCACUUAUCGAGACUUACGAAAAUCCAGAGGUGCUGAGGCUUUACUUUCCUGGCGGCUUGUGUAACCACGAUCGCGAAGGCCGACCCCUCUGGCUCCUGCGCUUCGGCAAUGCGGACUUCAAAGGAAUAUUGCAGUGCGUAUCAACGGAGGCGUUGGUCAAGCAUGUCACGUACAUCGUUGAAAACAUCAUCGCAGAUAUGAAGGCACAAAGCAAAAAGUUGGGUAAGGUCGUGGAUACUUCCACCGUCGUUUUCGACUACGACAACUUCAGCAUCCGACAAGUGUACAGUUACCAAGUGGUCGAGUUCAUUCGUCUCCUCAUGGUACUCUACGAGAAUUACUAUCCUGAGAUGCUUGAACAAUGUUUCAUCAUUAACGUUCCAAGCUUCUUUCAGAUCUUCUGGAAGCUCGUCAGACCCUUCCUGACUGAAAGAACAGCGGGAAAGAUCCAAAUAUUCUCACGCGAAGGAUGGCAGCCGGUUCUGUUGAAGUGCGUGGAUCCUUCCCAGCUGCCUGCUCAUUGGGGAGGAGACCUGGUGGGACCUAACGGCGACAGAGAGUGCACCCACUUGGUUCCAGCUGGAGGCGAGGUGCCCGUAAAAUACUACCUCAAGAACGGCCCUCGCGUUUCCGAGGAUCCCAAUGCCACCACCUGCUCCCUGGAACGGGGACAGAAAAUGGAUGUACCCGUGAAAGUAGACAGCAAAGGAUCAACCCUGUGCUGGAAGUUCCAAACGAGUCCCGGCCACGACGUUGGCUUCGGUGUCCUGCACAUUGCGGGAGAACACGUCAAGCCAAAGGAGAUCUUGGAAGUCGGCAAGGUCAAGUGCGAUCAGGUUGCUGAAACUGGGAGACUCUCCGCUGAGCCCGGGACAUACAUCUUCCGGUUUGACAACAGCAACAGCUGGUUUACCAAGAAGGAGCUUUCCUACGUUUUACAAGUCAAGAGCUCUGAAGAAGUUCUGCCCUGAGGAAGCUGAUGAUUAUCAUUUUCUUUUUCUUUUGCUAAACCACUAUCUCAGAUCAAAGUAGAAUAUUAUAAACAAUCUUUCAAGUACUUGAAGUUUGUACCAGCUUAAUAAAUACAUUUUUAAUCAGGUUA